UUUUUUCACGCGUGUUUUCAUUGGAGUUCAGCACGUUUUCUUCGCGACGAGUCGCUUGUUGGAUGGAUAUUAUCGUAUUUUAGUGGUAAUUCGGUGAUAAAUUAAGCCAAAAAGGAUGGCGAAAAUGCUAGCGUACUACAGUUUGUGCCCGAUCAACGAUGUGGCCGAGUUUUUGGGUCUUUCGCGCGACGUGAACGCCGGCUGCGCCAUCAACACCCUCGGCCGGAACAUAGUCCAGGUGGUGAAGUUGAGCAACCAGAAGCUGCAGCACAGCUGGACCUCGCUCGAGCGGCUCUCCAGCAAGGUGGUGUACGACUUCCGGUCGGGGCGGUACGUCGGUGUGUUUGGCGGCCGGUACGUGCGCUGCUGGCCCGCGGACCAGGCCGACAUCAACAAGGUGAAGAAGGUCAAGUUUUACCGCACCAUCGCGCAGCUGUACGCGGUCGCCACCGGGCAGGUGCUGGUGCUGUACGACGACGGGAGCUGCGAGUCGCUGGAGAGUGCCGUGGACACGCGCAACGAGGACCGCAAGGCGCCGGAGCAGAUCGAGCGCGGCGUGCCGAUCGUGGAUGCGGCGCGGGAGAGCAUCGUGGACGUGUGUACGGUGGCGCUGGACAGCGGCCGGCUGGUGCUGGGGUACUUUGUGCGGGACGGCGAGAGUGGGGCGAUGACGUUGCACUAUUGUCUGCUGGCGGAGGAGAGUUUGAAGCCGCUGCGUUUCCGGAAGGUUAGGCUGGAGAGGGCCGAGCAGAAGGUGCACCUGGUGGGGCAGAGCUUGGUGGAGGGCGGGGGGAGCGUUUCGUUGAUUACGAUUUGGUCCGACAAGCGCAUCUUCACCAAGACCCUAACCUUCGACUCGGACGGCUCGUCCGGCGACGACCACUCGAUCGGCAACUUUAUCUCGAUCCUGAACAUGAUCAACACGUCGCAACCGCUCUCGAUGGUGGGCAUCAGCCGGGAUUACAUCGCGAUCUACGCGAACAAUCUGAACCAGGACGGCGCUUCGUUGCUGCUGUACAACGUGCAGUUCAAGGUGGUGCAGGCGAAGCAGUUCUUCAAGGUGUUCUUCAGCAAUUCGCGCUUCUGGCUGGUGGAGAACCAUCUGCUGUUGGCGUUCGGGCAGACGCUGGCCGUGGUGCCGUACAAGAUCAGCAAGGAGCAGCUGUCGGAUAUGGUGGGGACGCAGAAGGGCGCGGAGGUGCGGAACUACGUGGACAACGAGAGCAUUAAUGAGGAUUGCGAUUUUAACGAGGGUUAUGGCUUUGUUGGGGAUUUGAAGGAUGUUAGUGAGGGUGAGGAGAGUGAAGGGGAAGAUGAGGGUCCGGAAGUGGUCUACAAGCUGUUUGAAAGUGUCGGGCGAUUCGAGGAGACGCUGCAGGAGGCGUACAAGAGCGAUUUGAUGGUUGAGACCGUUCGGGAUGAGGGUUUGCCGGAGGACGUGAUCUCGAUGCGGUUGAUGUCGAACGUUGAUUGUUCGGUUGGACCGUUGCUGUUCAGUGAGUCGUUUGAGUUGUUGGCCAGCGAGCUGGAGAAGCACGGCUUUUGUGAGAUGGAGAUAACGGAGAAGAUUAUUCCGUUGAUGAUCCAGGCUGGCGCCUCGCUUGACAUUGGAAAGUGUCUCAAGCGGUACAGCACCGUAUCCGAGCGGAGCUUGGUGUCCGCGCUGAAGUACGCCCUUGGCUGCCAGGAGAAGAAGACGCCUCCAAAGGCGACAAUCCCGGACGUUGAACAAUUGUUAGAGAAGGUUUCCGGCAGCAAGCUUCCAACAGUGUCUGAAGAGCAACCAACCUCGUUCAUCCUGGAAGAUCAAUCCCCGCAACCCAUCGUCGACCUGCUCAACAUCAUCCUUUCCUGCAGCGUCCACCGCACGCUGAUCCUCCCCCUGCUCCGCAAAGAAAUCGACCUCAGCUCAGUGCUCGCCCUGCUCGACCAUCUGCUCUUCCUGCUAACCGACCCGGUCGCCACCCUCGCGGAAACUCCCGCCAACGCCGACACCUUCGACAGCGACGAACAGGUCAUCGCGUGGGCCACCCUGCUCAUCGACUCGCACUACCAGCAGAUCGUUCUUUCGCGGGACGCCGAGGUGAAGCGCCGGCUGCUGGUUUGGGCCGCCGUGGUGAAACGCCACGCGGAAGCUUUGGACGAGCUGAAGGCCCUUGCGCCGACGAUUCAGCGACUGGUCGCGGGGAAGCACAACCAGGGCGGAAGUCAGCAGAAUCGAUGGUACAGCGUUGAAACGGUGCAGUUGUAUUGAGGGUCUCGGAAUAAAGUUGU